UCAUGAUAAAAUCCAUAAUUUUCAUGUCUUUGCUCUUAUUAUCUUUUGGUUAGAGCAUUUAAGGAACUCUGGCCACACACUAUGAUUUAGAUGGCAAUUUGAUCUCUGAAGAAGUUCAAUAAUCUACAGAAGAUGAUUAUUCUUCUCUUAACAGCAUGGAUUCAUCACUCGAUUCUAGUAUUAAUCUAAAUGCAGAUGAACAAUAAGAUUAAUCUUAGCUUGAAGAGAACCUUGAUUCUAUGAAUUCAAUGGAUUUAAAUGAUGAUGUUGCCCCUCUUUAAAGUGGAGAAAUAGAUAAAGAGUAAACAAAUUUGGUAGAAUCAGAAUUUGAGAUAUCUCCAGUGAUCAAUAAAUAGCCUGAAGAAGAAUCAUCAUUUUAGUAUUAGGAAUAUUAACAAUAAGAAAGAGAAAGAGAAAAUUAAUUAGCAGAAGUGAUGCGAGAUGAUAAUUAAGAUUAGAAUCAAAAUGAAAAAACAACAACAGAAAAACAAGAAGAAUCAACAUAAAUUUAAACUGAUACUUUUCUAUAGCCUGUUGUCGCAUCAUAAGAAUAAGUUAUUGAUAUCUAGCAACCUUAAGAUGAAUCAGAAAUUAUCAAUUCCUUAAGUUAAAGCUAAGAUAUUUAAGAAACAUAAAUAAAUAAUCAAGAUACAUAAUUAUCAUUUGACGAAAAUGAUUCAAUUUUAUAAAAUAUUGAUCCAAAUGAAAUUAAUUCUUAAAAUAUGAUUGAUAAUAAAGAAACAUCCAUUAAUGAUGAAUUAAAAAAAGAAUUAAAUUUAGGAGAAUAGAAUAUAGCAUAAUAAUAGGUUGAAAGUAAUAAUGAUUUGUCUGUUCAAUCAGAACCAGUCAUUGUGGAAACUUAAUCUUAAGAAUAAAUAAUCAAUUAAAAUGUUGAAUCACAACCUAAUUCAGUACUUGAUUAAAAAGAUCAAGAAAUCUAAACAACAAGCAGUUAAAAUUAAUAGAUUGCUGAAUAAAUAUUAGAUAAUAAUGUUAAUAUAAACGAAACUACUGAAAAAUUAAAUGAUAAUAUUAAUCAAUAAUAAUCUUAAUAAGAGGAGUAAUAAAAUACAAAUAAUUUAAAUGAGUCCCAAUCUAAAAUAGAGGAAAAUCAUUAAAUAUAAUAAAAAGAAAGUAAUGUCAUUGAAGAAUAAUAAACAUAAAAUUAAGAAGAAUCACAAAAAUAAAAUUUUUAAGAUGAUAUUAAGAAUGCAAAUGAAAUAAAAUAAGCAAAUUGUAUCGUCAUAUAUUCAUAAUGUGAGUAUUAAGGAUUUGCUUUAGAGGUUUGUAAUAGUUUAAAAGAAAUAGAGUAUUAUAUAUAUUGCUUAACAUUUAUAGGAAAUUUAAACAUGAAAUUAAAUCUCUCUACAUUCCAUAAGGUUAUGGACUUACAAUUUAUGAAAACUAAAACUUUAAUGGAAAAAGCCAUAGAUACACUUCAUCUUAGGCAUGUUUAUAAAGCGCAGUUUCUUUCAUACAACUUAAGAUGGAUAUUUAGUUGGCUCAUUAAAAUUUAAGAGGAAACAAAUGAA